UGUUCUCUCUUCUCCCCCAUGGACGCUACCUUCCCGGAAAUUCCGCCCGACCAUUUCUUAUCCCUUUCCCGGCUUGAUGGGCUGCUGGGCAUCGCGGAGAGUACUUACGACACUUCCACCCUUGCUGCCCAUGAUUUCGAUGUCGAUAACCGGACGGGGUUUAUGCCACCACAACCUCCACCCGCACGAUUACCGGAGGCGUUUGAACAUUGGGAGGAGGUGCUCGACGAGGCCAUCAAGAGUGGCUUGCAGCUUGGCGACAAGCCAGGAAUAACCCUAGCAGAAACAGAGUGCUCUGAGAAAUGGCGGAGGAGUGUCCGACACCUCCCCAUCCUACCCAUAGCCGACCUCAUUCGCUCGGAAACGAAUCUUCGCCGGGCCCACCUCGUUCUCGCAUGGGUCAUGCACUUUUACAUCCAUUCGCUGCCCAGCGACAUGCCAAUCAUUGUACCCGCGGCAAUAACCGUCCCCCUCUUCAAAAUAUGCACUCAGUUGCAGCUCCCGCCUGUCCUGACCUACUCAGACACGGUCCUGUAUAACUGGCGACUGAAAACUCCGUCAAACAGGGUCACACCCGCUCUAGACAACCUCGUCAGCAACACCCUCUUUACGGGCACAAAUGACGAGCAGGAGUUUUACCUCACUUCAGCUCGGAUGGAGCUACGCGGGGUCGAAGCAUUGGACUUGAUGCGGUCGACCAUGGACGAGGCUUUUAUUGGCGACACGAUUGCCAUUCGCCGUAUAACGGCUUACCUUCAGCGCCUUGCUGUUGUCAUUGACGAAAUAAAGGCACUCUUCGCUGGAGUCCGCGACGGCUGCGACCCCUGGAUCCUGGCAAGCGACGAUGGGAGUUUGAAGGGCUCGACAGCGACCCAAACUGGGUUUAUCCGACAGAACUCUCUGGCCCCAGCGCGGGCCAGAGCUCCCCUUAUCCAUGCAUUAGACGUGUUUCUUGGUGUGCACGAGUUUUCGCAUGCGCCAGAUGGUGGCUCGCGACAGCCAUUCCUCGAGCGAAUGCAACUCUACAUGCCCCGUCACCAUCGCAACUUCCUUGACCACCUCACCGUCAAUCCGCGGCCGUUGCGCGCCAUCGUUAUGGGUGCUGAGAGCAACGAGGAGCUGGUUACCGCCUACAACCUUGCUGUGCAGGCGCUCAAGCGAUUCCGCGACUACCACAUCACAAUAGUCACGGCGUAUAUCAUCCAACCCGCCAGGAAAGCAUUGGUGCGUCCCGAGCCGUCGCAGGAGCCAUUGAAGGGGACUGGUGGGACAGAUUUGGCUAGAUUUCUGAAGUCCGUUAGGGAUCAAACGGCGGCAGCUAAGAUCGAAUAG